AUGGAGUAUCUUGUGGACGAGGUGGAGGCGCAGCUGGAGGCACUAGAGGCACUGGAGGCACUUGCCCGUGCCGGAACCGAGGCCGAAGAGCGCAUGCUCCUUGCCCGGUGGCGGCCACCAACGGCAUCGACGUGGCUCGCCGAGGACAUGGCGCUUCCGAUGGCUACGCCAGAGCGCCGCGAGCAGCAGCGGGUAGUGAUGGCUACCGCGCCCGUGGAAGUCCCUGUUGUGGGAAAGAGCCGGAAAAAGCGAUCGCGGCCAGGCGCGCGGGUGGCAAACACCACGUCAUGGAAGCGGAUGAGCUACCGGGCCACUGUGGUCCACGCCGAUGCACCAGAGCAGCCUCCGAUGCGAUUCAAGACAAGCGUUCGCAAGACCAAGGCCCAGUCGGCGGCCGAUCGGCGUGCCGGGCGUGAGCUGCAGCGGCGCGCGGCGUUGCGUCUCAAGUUCUCCUCCACUGGCCGCACCGAGCCCGAGGGCCCUGCUGCCGUCCGUGCGCGGAACCGGACCUUUGUCGCGUGA